UUGUUUAGGUCUAACUUACCUAAUCAAGCGGUCGAAAUCGAUGCCUUUGACCACACAAAUCAUCGUACAGUAAACAGAUGGCGGUUCUGUUUGAAGCGUUUCGUCCCGCUUCCGGCCGUAUCGUUGGCAUCGUCAGUCAAUGUGAUCUGCAUGCGGUGGAACGAACUCAGAACCGGCAUUGAAGUCUACGAGAAUGGUGGAAAAGUUGUCGGAGUGUCAAAAGUCGCUGCUAAGCAGGCUGUCACUAAUACGACACUAGUUCGAGCAUUUCUGCCUAUUCCUCUGCUGCUAUCACCGCCAUGCAUUAUGCCCUUUCUGGAGAGACUUAAAUGGGUGAGUGGUUCCCCGGUCCGCCAUUUAUUCAUCAAUGCGGUCGUCUGCACAUUGUCAUUUGCCGCCAGUUUACCGGUUGCAUUAGCGUUGUUCCCGCAGGAAGGCAGCGUAAGUUCUUCAUCUGAAAUGUCGAUAACUUUCACUCUUAAAGGGUUUGAUACAUUGUAG